GCGAUUGUAAUUAUAGUACCACAGAUAAUCUGCAGUAGUAAUGACAACAACCGGGGUCUAUUAGUAAUUCGUAACUAUUACUAAUGCAAUUAUGCAGUCUGUGGGUUUAACAAGUUCGUUGCAGUGAAAGAGUUGUGUUGGGCUCACUGAAUUAAUAAUGGUUCACAGAGUUAUUCAAAGCAGUAAUUUCAUUUUGGAGUAUGUGGCGAUAGAAAGUUCGGUGGUCCCAAUUAUCAUUCGGCUCAAAUAUUGUGAUAGGCACAACUAUAGAUAAUACGAAAACAUGCGGUACAACCGAGUUUAAUGGAGAAUGUUCUACUUUUACAUUGCUAUGUUUUGGGCGGGAUGAAUUGGAAUAACCUGCAGGAUUUAUUCCACAAAAGUGCAGUACAAUGAUGAAUCAGUGGUGAUAAAAUAUAUUUGUCCCAGAAGUUCGUGCCGUGUAAAAUUGGUGUUUUUUUCAGUUCAGUAACAUCUAACCUAAAAAUCAUAAUAAUGGCUGCUGUAAAUGCUGAAAGUUCAACAAUCAUGAAAACAAAAGCACUCAGUAAAACUUCAUCUAAAGCUUUAUUAAAAUCAUGUGGGAAGUUUGAGAACAGAACUUGUUCUGAAAUAUCUUUCAAGGAUUUUCUGGAUUUUCUUCACACAUCUUAUCAAAUAAAUGAAGCAAUUGAAGGUGUUCCAGAUGAUUUAAGUGAAAAAGUUGAUAUAGAUUGGCAAAACAUUACAAUGAAUGAGUUUAUAUCAUCUUUGCUUGUGGUUAAAGAAGACAGUUCUAACCUAAAAGCGAUGUCAGACAAUGCCAAUAAAAUUAAUGUCAGUGAGCAUCAGAAAUCUUUAACAGAGCAAUCCAUUAAUGUUCCUGACAUUGGUGUCUGUGAUACCCUCGAAGAACAUAUAUUUGAGAAAACAAAGGAUGCUAGUUCAGAAAUGUCAGAACAUAAUUUCAACAGUGAUGUCUCUGACAUUAUUACAAACAAGAAAAAUUGUGUGGCCAAAGAAAUUGUACAAAAAGGCAAUAUUAUGAAUGGCGUGGAUCAUACAACUAAAUCGGUGCCAAAUGAAGAAAUUCCACUUAAUUUGAAGAAAACUCCCAGCACAGUUACUUCAGGCCAAGCGAAGUGUAAGUUGCUUGCGUUAGGAAAGCAUUCGGAGAGUAAAAGGAAAGUGAUGCCAAGCAAGAAGAGUGUUUUAUUUGACUCUAAAGUUAAGACAACAGAUGAAGAGAACAACAACAAGUUUUUUGAAAAUUUAAUGAAACGUAAAUUAAAUGAAGUAAUUCAGGAGGGUUUAUUAGAUUCGAUAUUGCCAUAUGUUGUACCGAAGCAAGUACCUACUCACCCUGCUGUGAAGAAAUCAUUAAAUUCAGUCAUUAAUAAAUCACUUUCAUUGACUUCCCUUGAUAAGUCUUCAUCUGGUCAGUUCUCUAAGGACAAGAUCGCCACAAACAAUAGGAGGAAAUCAACAACGGAGGUUGAAGUGGAGAUACACGUGUGCGAUGAGGUGAAGAAUGUGAAACGAGAUUUCCGAUGCCCUCAGAAACUUCUGGUUUCUAAAAUGGGAUAUUUUGCUGAAGUAACAACAGGUCAGAAGCUCGAAGAUAUGGAUAUAUCGGUGCAUUGCGACAUCACAAUAUUUGACUGGCUAAUGCUUUGGGUGAAGAAAGAUUCUUUACCAGAGAACAGUUGGCCAAAGCUUGAUGCGGGUAAUGUGGUGCCAAUCUUGGUAUCGGCGGCUUUCCUGCAGAUGGACCCACUGCAGCACGAUUGUCUUAAGUUCUGCCAUCAGCAUAUGAAUGAGAUAGCAAAGACUUCUACCAACCUGGCCUGCCUUAAUGAUAGUAUCCUUACUAGACUAGCAAACCUCUUCUCCAACUCCGAUGUUGAAGGUCUUCAUGAUAAGAAGGACAAGAUUCAAAGCCGUUUAUACUGCAAGCUGAUUUUGGCCUUAACAGAGACAAGUCCUGAACCUGCUCGUGGCCAUUUUUCCAGUCUUGCAAGCAUAUACAAAUGUGGAAAAUGUGAUAAACUCAUUCUACAUCAAUUGGGAGGGCAUAUUCCAUGCAAACCAAGCAAUAUGAAGAUGGAUUGUUUUGGAAAUAUUCAUGGAAAUCAUACUAGGGACCGAAGCUGGAAUCUGAACGAUUAUAUACAGAGCUUAAGGCAGGAUCUAGAGAGUUGGCGCAAUGUGUAUUGGCGAUUGUGGGCAGACUGUCACUUUCUUCACUGCGGUGCUUGCCGUAAUUACUUCCCAGUUCAUCAGAUGCAGUGGUGCUGCCACCAUCCAGAGCCACCACAGUUCUUCACCAUGGAACACCAGCGUGCUAUGACGUUCCCUAUCGGUCGCUAUCCUUGUUGUGGGGAAAGAGGAUAUCGCUUUGAAGUUAUAAAAAACCUGUCAGGUUGCCAAUUCAAAGAGCAUACACCUGUUCUCGACUCUCCUAGAGAUAUUGAAGUCCACAAGUUGUUUAUGAAACAUCAUAAUUUGAUAAUAUUGGAGCCACAGAAACUUCAAUUUCCUGUUAGUAACAGAGAGGGAAGCUUGUUUGUACUUAUAGAACCGGGAAGAGAUGAAGGUGUCAGUCGAGAAGUGCUCUGGUUGGAUGGAAUUGAGUUGGCACCUCCUCGACCAAGGCAGGGUCUUCUUGCAAAGAUAUGGGAGACACACCAGAAGAAAGAACAAUACAUCUCUGGUGCUUCUUCAAGGAAUAAUAGUAGUGCCAGCAGUGGCACAAAUAGCAUUACUAACAGACCAGCUACGACGUGUGGACGUCCACCUUUAAGGAAACAGAUGUCAGCUGCCGAAGUGACCAGCGAUACCGGCAAUAAUCCAGAUAUAGAUAAUUCAUCCACGAAUGAUGAUAACAGUAGUAGUAGCAGCAGCAGUAGUGAUUCUGACGACCAGUCAGAGGAAUCUGGGCAUGCACCAGUCCGCUCCGUGACGGCGCAGCCGCGGUUCACCGAAGGUCAUCAGUACUUUAAACCCACCAGGAGCAGAGAAGCGAGUUGCCAGUGGGAUCCAAAAAUGUCUGUCCGCAGUAACCAGGACAUCCAAAGAGAGUAUGAAGAAUACGCUGCUCGUAAGAUGGCAACAUUUCUCGCACGAAGAACGUGUGAAGAUUCAUCAAACCUUUAUACUCGAAUGCACAGCCAUUCGCACGGACAUCAUGGCUACCACGGCCACUCAAUCUGGAAUAGUCACAUCAUACCACAAGGUGGAAUCUAUGUUCGCUUGGAACGUGAAUGGAGGGAAACUAAUUGUCAUUCGCAUGGGUACCGUGGAAAUUCAAGUUAUUCACGAUCUAUGAGCUGGGGAAUUUCUUCCAGGCCCAGAGUGCGUACAGAAAGGCGAUGAUUAGUGUAUAACUAAGACUGUAGUUGUUUCAUGGAAUUAUUCUGAUAAUACUGCUAAUAUGAAAUAAAUUGAGAUAUAUUCUAAGAGUAAUUAUUUACUCUGUAUCUUAAAAAUC